AUGGCGCAUAACUUAGCACCCAGUGUCAAUUGUUCUUUAGAUGAUAUAGAUUUAAACUCCUUAAAGGACCCAGCUGGUAUUUUUGAGCUGAUAGAAGUGGUUGGAAAUGGCACAUAUGGCCAAGUUUACAAGGGCCGUCACACCAAAACUGGACAAUUGGCUGCUAUCAAAGUAAUGGAUGUGACAGAAGAUGAAGAGGAAGAAAUAAAAUUAGAAAUAAAUGUUUUAAAAAAAUAUUCCACUCACAGAAACAUUGCUACUUAUUAUGGUGCUUUUAUUAAAAAAAGCCCUCCUGGAAAAGAUGAUCAACUCUGGCUCGUUAUGGAAUAUUGUGGUGCUGGGUCUGUUACUGAUUUAGUAAAAUCAACUAAAGGUCAAAGUUUAAAAGAGGAAUGGAUUGCAUAUAUUUGUCGUGAAAUUUUAAGAGGAUUGAGUUAUUUACAUUCAAAUAAAGUAAUACACAGGGAUAUAAAAGGUCAAAAUGUAUUACUUACUGAUAAUGCUGAAGUUAAAUUGGUUGAUUUUGGAGUGAGUGCUCAGUUAGAUAGAACAAUAGGUCGUAGAAAUACAUUUAUAGGAACUCCUUAUUGGAUGGCACCAGAGGUAAUUGCAUGUGAUGAAAAUCCUGAUGCAACAUACGACAAUAGGUCAGAUCUUUGGUCACUAGGAUUUAUAGAGACAGUUCUCGUUAAAGAUUAUCAUCAAAGACCCUACACGGAAAAUUUACUUAAACAUCCCUUUAUUAGAGAUCAGCCAACUGAACGACAAGUUAGAAUUCAGUUAAAAGACCAUAUAGACAGAUGCAAAAAAAGAAAACAAGAAAAAGAACGCGAUGAUUACCGCUAUAGUGGAUCUGAAAAUGAAGAAGAAGAACCGGCUCUUGCUGGGGAACCAUCAUCAAUUGUACAAGCUCCUGGUGAUAAUACUUUAAGAAGGAAUUUCCAACAAAUUCAAGAAGGUAGAACUUUAACUCAACAUGAAGAAAAACAAGAAGGAAAAAAAUUUAGAAAAUCUGAUAGGGAGGAAAUUCCAGAACCUGGGCCGCCUUCAAGACCACUAUUGCCUCAAAGAAUCAUCGUUGUUCCAGAGCCAAUGCCUCCAUCUCGACCAUUGCCUCCUCCUCCUAGAGAUCAAAAUAAGCCAUCCACGCCACCAAUACAGUCUCAAAGUGGAGGACUCUCUUCAGCAAACCAACAAAGGAAUUCUCACGUUUUCAAACCCAUGCUUCCGCCAAGAAGACCUGAGGAUUUGGAUAUGAUUGCUGCUCAACUUAACGAAUUGGGUGUUCAGCAAGAUCAGCGUCCCGCUCGGCAAAAUGGCAAAAGUAACUCACAACAAAUAAUGCCAACAAGCAAUAGUUCUAUAUUAGAUCCCGUCGACAGCGAUAGUGAACCUGAUGACCUAAUAAGAAAUGACGGCACUUUAUUGGCUAGCGAACCCGCAAAACCUUUGAUGGAAUUUUCUCCCUACAGACCUUCAGACAUUAAUCACAGUUCUUCUAGUUACGAAGGGCCGACAUCAAGCAAUAAUUGCGCAGCACCAAAUAGACCUUUGCCACCUACUCCUGAUGAUGAAGAAGCAGGAGAUAAAACUUUGGUUAUGAGAAAGAAAUUGGAACAGGGGGGAAAAAAAUUAAAUUUAGAUGCAAAGAAUGAAAAAAAAAAAUUAGGUAAAUUAGAUUUAAAUGAACGGGAAUUACUCAAAGAAUGGGAUCUCGAAGAAAUAUUCGAAGGAUUCAACGAUCGUCUUCGCAGCAUAGAAUUAGAUUCAAACGUUAUAGAAUCCAAACCAAAAUAUAAUGGUAUUUUCGAUAUCGGACUAAAUAAUAAAAUCUCAAAGAACGUAAGUGAAAAAGUAGUUAAUAAAACAAUGGACGCUUCUUCAUUUCAAGAAUCACAAAAUCUCGUUAAAGACGUACCCAAUUUUCCUUUACGACCACGAUAUUCGGCCGCAUUUCUCGACAAUAAUCCCAUUUCUAUUAAAACGAAUGGGCCUUCGGUAAAAAAUCGUCGUAGCUCAGAAACGACUGUUUUUUUGUUAAAAAAGGAUUUGGAUACGAUUCAUACUUCAUUAUCGAAAAAUUCGGACAAAAAAGUUUCUAACGAUGAAACAAAGGAGGAAACCUAUGUUAAAAUAUCUGAUUUUACGAGCAAUUUUAAAAACGUUAAUAUUAUGUCACCUUCAAGACCCAGGCGUGAAAAAACAGACGGAGAAAUAAUUGUGAAAUUGAGUAACGAAAGAAAAACAGAAUUAAAAAAUUUAGGUUUAGUUCAAAAUUUAAAAAUAAAGGAAUUGGAAAUGUCGAAUUCGGCGUUGUUGGAGAAAGAAAAAUUAAAUGAUGGAAAUAAUGUGUAUGAGACAAUCUUACGUACUUUUAGUUUCAGUGAUCUACAAUCUGAGACUCGGGACGAACGACGAAACGAUUUUCACAGAAUAGAUUCAUCUCCUGGGCAAAUGGCAACACCAGGUUCUAGAAGUUCUGUUCUUCCUGAUUUAUUGACUCAGGCAUCUUCUAGCCCAGGAACUUCGAAUCAAAGACAAGAUAAAUCUACAAGCGAAGAGAAACAAAGAUCAUUUUUGACUUUUGGCUUUGGAGCCGGUGGUUCUGGACCGACCAGGAGAGAAAGUCACGUCAACGUUAACGUCACUCCCACAUCCCAUGACAUCGGGUCCGACACUCCAGAAAUACGAAAGUACAAGAAACGUUUCAACAGUGAAAUAUUAUGCGCUGCCUUAUGGGGAGUUAAUCUUUUAAUUGGGACUGAAAACGGGUUAAUGUUGUUGGAUCGCUCAGGUCAAGGAAAAGUUUAUCAGUUAAUAUCAAGAAGAAGAUUUCAGCAAAUGGAAGUUUUGGAAGGUCAAAAUAUAUUGGUCACAAUUUCUGGGAAAAAAAAUAGAGUUAGAGUUUAUUAUUUAAGUUGGCUUAAAAGUAAAAUUCUUCGAACGGAUCAAGUAGAAAGACGAAACGGUUGGAUAAAAGUCGGAGAACUUCAAGGGGCUGUUCAUUUCAAAAUAGUCAAAUAUGAAAAAAUCAAAUUUUUGGUUAUAGCUUUAAAAGACAUAUUGAAAUUUAUGCUUGGGCCCCGAAACCUUAUCAUAAAUUUAUGGCUUUUAAGUCAUAGACCGUUAUUGGUCGAUCUUACCGUAGAAGAAGGUACCAGACUGAAAGUAGUUUACGGGUCAACCGAUGGUUUUCAUGCCGUCGAUUUGGACAGUGCCACAGUCUACGACAUUUAUUUAGCCAAACACACCCAGGGACCUAUAGCACCUCAUUGUAUUGUCACAUUGCCUAAUUCAAAUGGUAUGCAACUUUUGUUGUGUUACAACAACGAGGGAGUCUACGUUAACACUUACGGAAAGGUAUCAAAAAAUAUAAUAUUACAAUGGGGAGAAAUGCCUACAUCCGUUGCGUAUAUUGGCACGGGCCAAAUAAUGGGAUGGGGUAAUAAAGCUAUUGAAAUAAGAAGCGUUGAAACUGGGCAUUUAGAUGGAGUUUUUAUGCACAAAAAAGCUCAAAGAUUAAAAUUUCUUUGCGAAAGAAACGACAAGGUAUUUUUUUCAUCGGCGAAAGGUGGAUCAUCCUGCCAAAUUUAUUUUAUGACGCUCAAUAAACCUGGCAUGGCUAAUUGGUAA